CAGUCCCCAGAAACCUCAAAAAGAAACCUAUGAAUACGGAAAAACAACCCAUCACGGCGGCAGAAGGUGGUUCUGAUCAUCAUGGUGGCACCGCCACUUCUGAAAAGGCAGUGGUGUCUAGGGGCCAAAUAGUAAUACCAAAGUUAAAGAUGUACACUUUCGCCGAGCUACAGAGCGCCACCAAGAAUUUCCGGCCGGCCACCAUCUUGGGAGAAGGUGGUUUUGGGCAGGUUUAUAAAGGGUGGGUGGAUGGUGUGACUUACGCGCCGUCGAAGGCCGGUGUUGGGAUUCCCGUCGCCGUAAAGAAAUCAGAUUCCGACAGCUUUCAAGGCCUUAAAGAAUGGCAGGCUGAAGUGAAGUUCUUGGGGAAAUUCAGCCAUCCAAAUCUUGUAAAGUUGUUGGGAUAUUGCUGGGAAAAUAAGGAGUUUCUUCUUGUUUAUGAAUACAUGCAAAAAGGAAGCUUAGAAAACCAUCUCUUUAAAAAAGGUACGGAAACACUCUCAUGGGAUACAAGAAUCAAAAUCGCUAUAGGAGCAGCUCACGGACUCGCUUUCUUGCAUACAACUGAAAACAAAGUCAUUUAUAGGGAUUUUAAGUCUUCAAAUAUUUUACUAGAUGCGGAUUUUAAUGCAAAACUCUCGGAUUUCGGGUUGGCGAAGUUAGGUCCAAUCAAUGGAGAGUCUCAUGUCUCAACAAUGGUAAUGGGCACCUACGGUUAUGCAGCUCCUGAGUACAUGAUUACGGGUCAUUUAUACGUCAAAAGCGACGUUUACAGCUUUGGGGUAGUCAUGCUAGAGAUGAUUACAGGAUUACGUGUACUUGAUCCUAAUCGACCUGGGUCGCAACAGAAUUUGGUGGAUUGGGCUAGACCUUUCUUGGCCGAUACAAAAAAAUUACGAAGAAUCAUGGACCCACGAAUGGAACAAGUUUACCCUUCAACAUGUGCAAUUAAAGCAGCAGGACUUAUCCGACAUUGUCUUGAUCCUAACCCCAAUAACCGACCUUCAAUGGAGGAAGUGGUUGCAAGUUUAGAAGAGAUGAAUGCAAUUAAAAUGAAACCGAAGUGGUUAAAGGCUGACACCAAACACUUAAUGAGCCCACACCACAAGCAAAGGCUUGGUGACCGUCGUCAUGUGAACCAUCACCACUCUCCCCUUCAUACAAAGCAAGGGGGAGGAGCUCGGGCUGAUCGAUCACCCAUUCAAUCCCGUGAUAAAACAACUCUUCGUGUUCUUUGA